AUGGCGCCCGCGUCGUCGCCGGUUGAGCCGAACGCCGACGACUUCGCCCCGGUUCAGCCUGUCGAGCCGGCGUCGGCGACGGCUGAGCCGGACCUCGCCCCGGUCGAGAGGAGCGUGCCGAUCGACGCACCGGCGACCCCCGUCGCCGAUCCGGUCGUGGCGCCUCCGAGCGGGUUGAUCAAUCCGCCUCGCUAUCAGUUCGCCGACCUCGACGCGGCGCUCCGCGAGUCGGAAGAGGCCGCGCGGGGCUUUGCCGAGGGAACCCUCUCGGACCCGGCGCAGGUGCCGACGAUGGGCACGCACUACGCCCGCUUGUGUCGUUUGGCCGAGGUCGUGACUUUGCUCGAUCCGGCGGCGGAGCACCCGGAGCUGCUGACGACCGAACUCGGUUCGACCGACCUCUUCAAGCGGCUGUUCCGCACGCAGGAGACGCGCGAGGAGUCACGCCUGAUCGCGGGUCCGUGGGUCUCGUGGACCGGCAAGCCGCACGGCGGCGUCUUCUUUGCGGGCGUUCCGACCCGGUUGGAUCGUGUUGGCGAGUACUCCCAGUACGAGUACCAGAUCGGAGACCAGGUCGUGCCGGUCGUCAUGGCCGAGCGGAUCAACGUGCAGCGUUACCUCAACGCCGGCGCCAAGGAAGUCGGCAUCAUCGGCGUCGUGGUUGAACGACCGAGCGAACGGAUCGCUGGCUACACCGGCGACGCCGACCGCGUCGUCUGGGCGCGCAAGACCCUGCCCGAAUCGCCGUCGUCGCUCGAGGCGGCAUGGAAGCGAUCGCUGCGUCGCAAGCUGCUCGCUUGGUACAAGCGCCACGCACGCGACCUGCCGUGGCGACGUUCGCGCGACCCGUACCGCGUUUGGGUCAGCGAGGUGAUGCUGCAGCAGACGCAGGUCGACACGGUGCGGCCGUACUUCGAGCGGUUCCUCGAAGCGUUCCCCACCGUGGCCGACCUGGCGGCGGCCGACGAGCAGGACGUCCUCCGGCUGUGGGAAGGGCUCGGCUACUACCGACGCGCCCGCUCGCUGCACGCCGCGGCGAAGCAGGUGGUCGCCGAGCACGGCGGCCAGAUGCCGGGCGACGUCGAGUCACUGCUGACACUGCCUGGGGUCGGUCGCUACACGGCAGGGGCGAUCGUCUCGAUCGCGUACGACAAGCCGGCCCCGAUCCUCGAGGCGAACACGAUCCGGCUGUUCACGCGGCUCGUGGCGUACGACGGCAAGCCGACGUCGGCCGCCGGGCAGCGUCACCUGUGGGGCGUCGCCGAGGAGUUGCUGCCGGCCAAGAACGUAGCGACGUUCAACCAGGCGCUGAUGGAGCUUGGCUCACUCGUCUGCACGCCCAGCCAGCCCGACUGCGAGGCUUGCCCCGUCGAGUCUCUGUGUCAGGCGCGAGCCGACGGCAGCGUGGAGCUGCUCGCCCCGACGACGACCAAGCUGAAGUUCACCGACGUGCGCGAGGCGGCCGUUGUCGUCUGGCGCGGCGGGGACGUGCUUGUGCGUCAGUGCGCCGAGGGCGAGCGCUGGGCCGGGCUGUGGGACUUCCCGCGCUUCGAACUGGAGGCGGAAGGGCCACUCUUCGCACGCGACGAGUUGGCCGAGAAGGUGCUCGCGCAGACCGGCGUCGCGUGCGACCCGGGCGCGUUGAUCACGACGAUCAAGCAUGGUGUGACCCGGUUCCGCAUCACGCUCGAGUGCUACGAAGCGCAACGAAUCGGCGGCCGGCUGCGGAAGCCGGCGAAGUGGGUCUCGCCCGCCGAACUGAGCGGCUUGCCGCUAAGCGUCACCGGCCGGAAGCUCGCGCGAUUGGCGGCACUGCUAGCAGGGUGCUUCGUCCCAUCCGUGGAAGACUUUGCCGGUAAUGCGACACCGGCUUGGCCUGUCGUGUCGGUUGUGCCGAUAGCGCCCGCGUCGGGACGCCUUCUCGCGUCUCGUCUUGUGCCGUCGACGCGGCGGUGUGCAAGCGAUCCGGAGGGAGGAACGAUGAAGAACCGUCUAGCAGCCCGUCCGCGUUUCGUUUCCUUGGUCGUGGUGCUCGUCUCGAUGGCCGGCGCCACCCCCUCCGCGCGUGCCAACGCGACCGCCGCGGCGGUCACCCAGCGUGUCGGGGAGUACGUCCACUACAAGAUGUUCGGCGACUACAACUCGCUGUACUUGAUCACCGGCAAGACGACGCCCCGCUACGUCGACGGGAAGUUGGUCGCCCCGCACGAGGGGAUGUUCUCCUCGGGCAUGCGGGGCAUGGCACGCAAGAUUCACGGCCCCGAGAAGCUGCGCAACCGAGACCCGGGGCCUCCCGUCAACUACACACGAUUCGAAGCCUUGAAUCUGGCGGUCGCCGUGCCUCAGCAAGGCUGGGUCCGGCUCGACCCAGAGGAGCAAGGCACGCGGAACUGCCUGAUGCUCACGCGGAGUGAGCCGGAGAUCAUCGUCUCGCUAGCCGCACAGGCGGUCGGGGUCGGAGCCAAGGAGACGAACGGCACGCUGCUGAACGCCUCGCAGAAGAAGAUGAAGAACAUCCCGGGGGGCGAGGUGCUGCCCGGAGUCUGGAAACUGUCCGCACCCGGCAUCGCGGGACGCGCCUACCGGGCGAAGGCCGAGUUCGAGGGCGGCAAGCAGCUGCGCUACUCGAUCUGGGUCGCCACGAAGAACGGAUUCAACUACUCGCUCGUGGUUUACGGCGACCAGCGCGACGAGCGGGCCGUCGACCAAACCAUGCAUCACUUCGUUGGUCGUCUGCGGCAGGUCCAACCCGACCGCGUCGCCCACGUGAUCACCCGGCCCGCCGCCAAACCCGAGUCGACCGGCCGAGGAGCCAACGUCCGCACGUGGUUCUGCGACAGAGAAGUCGUUCAGCAGCACGCCUUGCGGCUCGACGUGAACCAACCCAUCAAGAGCACCGGAGCGACCAUGAAGACCUACCAAGCUGGCUUUCAUCGCUUCUGCAUUCUGACCGUCGCCUUCGUGAUCUUGGGCGGGGUCGCUUCCGCUGAGCUGGCGUGGUGGGAGCCCAAGCUACGCGUCACCACGUUCGGCAAGCAGUACGUCAUGUCCCGCGAGACCGGCGGGAAGCUGGUCUACGAAGGGCCUCAGGGCGUCCACUACGCCGAGCAACAAGCGACCCAGAAGGCGAUGGACAAACGCCGCGCCGAGUUCAACGCGCGACUGACGCGGUUCGACGAGGCGAACCUCGCGAUCGAUCUGCCGCGCAAGGGCUGGAGCAAGCCCGAGUCGAGCGAGGAAGGGGGACGCACCAGCGUGCGGCUCUCGCGGAGUCGGCCCGAGAUCCUGGUCUCACUCCUCGCCGAGCCGGUUGGGAUCGACGCGAACGAGACGAACGACACGCUGCUCGCCGCCUCGCAAGAGAAGAUGAAGGGCAUCCCCGGCGCCGAAGUGCAGCCGGGCGUCUGGAAGCUGUCGGCGCCAGGCAUCGAGGGGCGUGUCUACCGAGCCCAGGCCAAGUUCGAGGGCGGCAGGCAGUUGCACUACUCGAUCUGGGUCGCCACGAAGAACGGCUACAACUACUCCCUGGUGGUCUACGGCGACGUGAGCGACGAGCGCGCCGUCAACCAAACCAUGCAGCAGUUUGUAAGCCGCGUGAGGCAGAACCAGCCGAACCGCGUCGCGUACGUCGUGACGGAAGCGACCGAGACCCGCUGA